AGUCAUAAGAGGUGGGUGUUUCUUCCGGAAUCCAUUUCGCUGGUUCCCUGUAAUUAAGCAGGCUUAAGUGAUUUGUCCUGUGUGCUGCUGGGUACAGUGAAGGAAGCUCAGGCAAGUUCUGAAAGUGCGACAUGAUGAGGAUAUUGUCACUUCCCACAGAGCACCAUUUGUUGAAGAUGCUGUCCUCUUUCCAGUGGAUGGUUUGAGCUCCUUUGUCAAAGAUCAAGUGAGCAUGCAUGUAACGCAGUGACGUACUAUGAUGUCCUGGUGAGCUUUACUCAGGAAGAAUGGGCUUUGCUGGAUCCUUCCCAGAAGAGUCUCUACAAAGAUGUGAUGCUCGAAACCUAUAAGAACCUCACUGCCAUAGGGUAUAACUGGGAAGAUGACAAUAUUGAAGAAGAUUGUGAAAAUUCUGGAAGACCCAGAAGGCAUCUUCAAAGGGAUGGACCAAGUAAUACUGGAGAGAAACCCUUUGGAUGUAUUCAAUAUGAUGGAGCCUUUGCAAGAAACAGUUAUCAUCAGUUAUAUAAGAGCACUGGAUCUUUCAUGUCUUAUACUGAUCAUCAAACACAUAGAAGACCACACACUGAAGAAAAAGUCUAUGAUGGUAACCAAUGUGGUAAAACCUUUUCAUGUCACAGCCAUUUUGAAAUCCGUAAAGGAACAUAUACUGGAGAAAAACCCUAUGAAUGUAAUCAAUGUGGAAAAACCUUUGCAAGUCACAGCAAUCUUCAAAUCCAUAAAAGAAUACAUACUGGAGAGAAACCCUAUGAAUGUAAACAAUGUGGAAAAGCCUUUAGACAUCACGGUUCUCUUCAUAUCCAUAAAAGAAUACAUACAGGAGAGAAACCCUAUAAAUGUAACCAGUGUGGCAGAACCUUUGCCCAAUUUGGUCAUCUUCAAUGUCAUAAAAUAACACAUACUGGAGAGAAACUCUAUCAAUGUAACCAAUGUGGGAAAGCCUUUGCAUAUCACAAAACUCUUAAAAUCCAUAAAGAAGAAACACAUACUGGAGAGAAACCCUAUGAAUGUAAUCAAUGUGGCAAAGCCUUUGCAUGUCGUAGAUAUCUUCGAAUCCAUAAAAAAACACAUACUGGAGAGAAACCCUUUGAAUGUAACCAAUGUGGCAAAGCCUUUGCAUAUCACAGAACUCUUCAGAUCCAUAAAACAAAACAUACUGGAGAGAAACCCUAUGAAUGUAACCAAUGUGGCAAAGCCUUUACAUAUCACAAAACUCUUCAAGUCCAUGAAAGAACACAUACUGGAGAGAAACUCUAUCAAUGUAACCAAUGUGGCAAAGCCUUUGCAUAUCACAGAACUCUUCAAAUCCAUGAAAGAACACAUACUGGAGAGAAACUCUAUGAAUGUAAUCAAUGUGGCAAAGCCUUUGCAUGUCGCAGAUAUCUUCAAACACAUAAAACAACACAUACUGGAGAGAAACCCUAUGAAUGUAACCAGUGUGGCAAAGCCUUUAAACAAUAUGUUCAUCUUCAGUGUCAUCAAAGGAUACAUACUGGAGAGAAACCCUAUGAAUGUAACCAAUGUGGCAAAGCCUUUACAUGUCACAGAUAUCUUCAAAUCCAUAAAAGAACACAUACUGGAGAGAAACCCUAUGAAUGUAAUCAAUGUGGCAAAGCCUUUGCACGUCACAGCAAUCUUCAAACUCAUAAAAGAACACAUACUGGGGAGAAACUCUAUGAAUGUAAACAAUGUGGCAAAGCCUUUACAUGUCACAGUUAUCUUAAAAUCCAUGAAAGGAGACAUACUGGAGAGAAACCCUAUGAAUGUAAACAAUGUGGCAAAGCCUUUGCAUGUUACAGAUCUCUUCAAAUCCAUAAAAGAACACAUACUGGAGAGAAACCCUAUGAAUGUAAUCAAUGUGGCAAAGCCUUUGCAUGUCCCAGAUACCUUCAAAUCCAUAAAAGAACACAUACUGGAGAGAAACCCUAUGAAUGUAAACAAUGUGGCAAAGCCUUUGCAUAUCACAGAACUCUUCAAGUCCAUAAAAGAACACAUACUGGAGAGAAACCUUAUGAAUGUAAUCAAUGUGGCAAGGCCUUUGCAUGUCGCAGAAAUCUUCAAAUCCAUAAAAGAACACAUACUGGAGAGAAACCCUAUGAAUGUAACCAGUGUGGCAAAGCCUUUACACAAUUUGUUCAUCUUCAACGUCAUGAAAUAACACAUACUGAAAAGAAACCCUAUGAAUGUAACUAAUGUGGCAAAGCCUUUACAGGUCACAGUACUCUUCGAAAUCAUAAAAGAAUACAUACUAGAGAAAAACCCUAUGAAUGUAACCAGUGUACCAAAGCUUUUACACAAUUUGUUCAUCUUCAGUGUCAUCAAAGGAUACAUUCUGGAGAGAAACCCUAUGAAUGUAAACACUGUGUCAAAGCCUUUACAUGUCAUAGUACUCUUCAAGUCCAUAAAAGAACACAUACUGGAGAGAAACCCUAUGAAUGUAACCAAUGUGGCAAAGCCUUUGUAUGUCACAGCUAUCUUCAAAUCCAUACAAGAACACAUACUGGAGAAAAACCCUGUGUAUGUAAAUGCGACGAAGCAUUGUCAUGUCACAGUACUCCAUGAAAUCAUAAAAGAACACAUACUGAAGAGAAACCCUAUGAAUAUAACUAGUGUGGUAAAACCUUUGCACGACACAGUCAGCUUCAAACAUAAAAGAAUACAUACUGAAGAGAAACCCUGAUAAUGUAGUGAAUGUAGUAAAGGCUUUGUUAUUGUAGUCUGAAAAGGAAUUUUAAAAACAAAUUCUUGUGAGAACCCUAUAAAUGUAAUCAAUCUAAUAAAGCCAUUUGUUAACAGUCACCUUCUAAGGGAUGCAACAUAAUUUAUGGGAAUAUAGUGGAUGGGUGUGUCUGAUUCUUUUGCCUACUCUCGAGAUGGUUCUUGUCUUAAUUAUUUGCUUUGCGAGGUUUGAUAUGAAGGUUUGUGCCUAUUUUUAUUAAAAUAUGGUAUGCCUUGUUCAUUUGCUA